GCAACGAACGAUCGUGGGAGUACACACCACAGGCACAGCACCGGCACAAGUGCAUAUCAUAGUAGCCGGCUUUUCUGACACUCAGUCCAGUUCGUGUGCAGCUAUUGGUCAAUUGCAACGCACGCGAUAAACGCGUUCGCUAUCAUCAUUUUGCCUACCAGAUCAGUGUUCUGCUUGAUCGAACAACGUAAUAAAGUAGUUUCGUUGACGUGCGAUCAACAUCAUUCUGUUUUUUCUGUUUGAUGUUCGAAUCAGAGAACCGGAAUUAGAACAUUUCGGUCUACUGUGCGCGGUGUUUUUUGUGUCUUACGGUCCGGUUGGGACGCAAUAAAAAAGCGUCUUUUUAUUGGUGCGAAAAAAAACAUCCGAGUGGAGCAAAUAAACACGUGAAAUUACAAAGAUUCGAGGUUAUACCCCUAAAGGCUAAAGAGACGACUGUGGAUUGAUCGCAAAACUAAGCCCCCCUUUUUGAAGCACCUAAUCUAGGCUGCAGGAAAGAGUGAAUGCUGUUGAGCUGAUAAUCAUGGAGCGUGCUAAUAUUAGAACAAUCGUGCAAACCGCUGGAUCACGGAUGCUCCUGUUUUUCAUCACAGUGAUCCUGUAUUUUUUGCUCAUCAGCCAAACGGAACGCCAGACGGCGUCCUCUACCAUCCUGAAAUGCUUACCAAUCGUUAGUCUGUGGAUUUUCGUCCUUCUAACAGGGUUCGAAUUGAAGAGAAGUCACCGCUACAAGCAGCUAAUCCUGGCCGGGCUGGUCUUCUCCUGCGCGGGUGAUUUGCUGCUAAACUAUGACCUAUUCGAAGCCGGAAUGGCUGCCUUCGGAGUGGCGCAGAUAUUCUACAUAUCAGCCUUCGGAUUUAGGCCACUGCGGCCGUGGCUCGGGCUGCCCCUGUACGGGCUUGGCGUGGCCGCCGUAGUACUGAUGUUCGAUCAGCUUCCGCUGAUCAUCAAAAUUUGUCUUCCAAUCUACGGCAUCCUGCUGCUGACCAUGUGCUGGCGAUCGUGGGCCAGAAUCGAUUGCGUUAAGAACAUCCUCCGGAUGACGUGCGGAAUCGGUAGUGCACUGUUUGUUAUUUCAGACAGUAUUAUCGCUUUCGACAAGUUCUACACGCCGCUGAGCAAUGCCCAGACUGCCAUCAUGGUGACCUACUAUGCGGCCCAGUUCGGAAUCGCACUCAGUGUGGUCGAGCAGUCGCUCGACUCGACCAAGACCACCGCCAAAAAAACAACUGCCAACCCCAGCGCCAAGCGACGCUCAAAUGGUACGAAACCGAAGAAACAGGCAUAAGCACACAUCUUCGUUCGUCUAUUGGGUAAAUCAUACUAUAUACUGAUACAAAAUCAUCAUCACACCAACAUACACCUACACACAUGGAACAGAUCCGAUGUGGUACAAAACCGCAGCAACAAUUUCGCUUCACCUGUGAGAGAGUGUGGGUUCGAUUCAACAUCGCCAACAGAGUCAACGUAACAACCAUAUUGUUCCUUUCAUAUCUACAAAACGACAUUCUCUUUUUCCGUUUAUUCUAGAUGAAACUUGCAGUAAACAGUAAUAAUAGUUAGCUGGAGCAGUUAGGAUUGUUAGGAAAACCCGAAAAAAACCCGUUUUAAUCAUACGUAGUCUGUGAUUCUAUAUCUUCCCUCGAAAACUUUAACGGAUCAAUCAGCCAGUGGCACGAAAAGAUACCUAGCGCGGCGGGAAUUGAAAAUUAAGCAAACAAUUCCGAAAUAUGUACCUCCUUAGAAAACAAAAAAAAACAAAAAGGUGACCGACAGACCCCCACGAGAUAACAUAAUCAUCAUCCAACCUUGGGUGUCCCCCUCAUAUGGGGGGCGUCCUAAACGUAGACCAUGAGACUGUGACCGCUGUUAGGUGUUUAGAAAGUUUUACUACCGAAAAAUAUAGUUUGAUUGUUCCUUCGAAAAAACAAAGAUGGACUCCAUUGCGAUGACUUUCCGUUAGUUAGGCUUAGGGGAAAAUUCUCAGAAAUUAAUUCUAGGUCUAUAUUCGGUUACUAAAAAAUUUAUUUUUUUUUACAAGAGAAAAAUAAUAAAACGAUAAAAUUUGGAAUGCGCGUACACGCGCUAAAACUCUGAAGGAACAUAAACACUACGCACGUUAAACUUAUCAAGCUAGGUGUUGUAAAUGCCGCAGGCAUUCUACGGGUCUUUGUACAUCUGGAAUGGGAAUUAAAACGCGGGUAAAGUACAAGUCU